GAAGACCCCACACCUUCAAAAUACUCCAGUUAGACAAAUUUCGGAACAAUGUGAGAGAAGUUUGAGAGCAAAAAUAGUGGAAGUUAUUGUGUUGGAAGGCAGUUAUGUCCAUGCGAGGUACACCUAGGGGUUCUGACGAGAACCUGCAGUAUAGUGCUGCUAGUGACAGUUUUUGGGAUGUUGGAAACUUCAAGCGCACGGUCAAACGAAUAGACGAUGGUGCAAAGUUAUGUGACGAGUUUAUGAAGCUUGUCACAGAAAGAGCUGAAAUAGAAGCAAAGUACGCAUUGAAAUUGAAAGCAUGGGCCAAGAAAUGGGAAGAAUGUGUUAAAAAUGGACCGGAAUAUGGCACAAUGGAAGUUGCCAUGCGAGGCACUGUCACUGAAGCCGAGUCUAGAGCAGAGAUUCACUUGUUAUGCCGUGAUAAACUGAUGAACGACGUGCACGAAUCAAUUAAAAGGUGGAAAACAGAAAAUUACCACAAAGGAAUAUUUCAAUGGAAGGAGACCAAAGAGGCCGAUGAAGGGUUUACGAAGGCUCAAAAGCCUUGGGCAAAGCGAUUGGCUAAAGUUGAACGGUCGAAAAAGGCGUAUCACACUGCCUCGCGAAACAGCGAGCAAGCUCAAAAUUUGGAGAAUCAAGCAACUAACGACACCGAAUUGAAAACAGCUGAGAAACUGAAAAAGUUGCAGGAUGCAACAGAGAAAGCGAAACGAGAAGUGGAUAAAUGUAAAGAAAAGUACGAACUUCGCCUCGACGAAAUUACAUCGUACAACUCACAAUAUGAACGAGACAUGAUUCAAGAAUUUGAAAGAUGUCAAGAGAACGAGGACAGCCGUCUUGCGUUUUUCAGAGACACGCUAAUGAAGUAUCACAAAUGUUUGGAUAUAUCGGAUAGCCCUGAGUUUUCUGGUGUCUUUGUCAACAUGGGCCUCACAUUUCAGAAGGCAGAUGCCCAGGCAGACUUAGACUGGUGGUCACACAACCAUGGUAUGGGCAUGCCACAGAAUUGGCCAAUGUUUGAGGAGUAUAAUGAGCCACCUCCAGCAAAACGACCAUCAGUGUCACGAGGACAUGAACAAGCACCAGCGGCAUCCACUUAUACAACCACUCAAAACCAUAUUGAAGAACAAACUGAUUACCCUCAUCACAAUGAGAUAAACAACCCAUUUAACAAUUAUACAUCAAAUACAAAUGAAGACUUCAGUGAACCAUCAGCUCCAGAUGAAUGGGACAUUGAGCCACCUCCCAUUGAAGAUACAGGUGUCCCAGUCAGGGCCUUGUAUGACUUCCAAGGUGUGGAGGAUGACGAACUCAAUUUCAAAGAAGGGGACAUCCUUACACAACUUUCCUCGCAGGAUGACCAGGGCUGGUGUCAGGGAAGAUUUCAGGGUAAAAUUGGACAUUUUCCUGGGACUUAUGUGGAGCCACUGUAGGAAGAAGAAGUUAAUGAUAGCAAUGUGAUGUUCUGCUCUUCUUUAAAAGAAUUCAAUCUUAGUGUCUCUUGAUGGUCUCCCCUGCCGUUACAUGGAGCAUGGCAUUUUAAAAACAUAAGGCAAUGCCUCAAUGCUGGCUGUUAAAUUCCCAAGUACUAUCUCAGAAAAAAAUAUCUAAGCAAUAAGUUAUCACAAAAAAUGAUAAUAAUAAUAUUGAUAGUCAAUAAAAUAUGUGCAACCACAGGACAUUGUGGUUUAUUUGUGGCUCAAGGAAAUAUCAAUAUCCAUAUCCCUGCACAGACUUAAUUCUUGCAGCUGUUUUUGAACAUAUUUCAUAAAAAAGCAAAACAUGGGAUGCAAGGAGACUAACUGUGCUGUGGAAAGAUUUUGGUUUUAACCAUUCAAACUCCAGAAACUCUAGUUGGCUUUUACACUCAAGACAAAUAUGGUCUUUUUUUUUUCCUUAAUUCCUUCUCCUUAUCCAAUUUUAUUUACUAUUUAAACCUUAUAGUUAUCAGCAUCUUAUGUCUCCUCACAAUUAUCUUUUGAAUCAGUAUUACUGAAGAUUGUGAGAAUUAAGGAAAUGAUUACCAACCUAAGAGGCUUUGAUUGUUGGACAAAUUCUUCUUCUCAGCACCUGAAGAAAUGUAUAGUGAAGAGUAUGGAGAAUUUGUAUAUUGAUGUUAGGGUGUAAAGGGUUAACCUUCCUUGAGUGGGUAUUGAUAUUUUCAGAGAACACCUAUUGUGAAAAAAAUAAUGUAUACUUUGCAGAAGGUUAGGUUUUUUUCAGCGUGUAUAUUGUUGGUGAGGAGAAUCCAAUUACAAUAGAUGUAAAACUGAUUUUUGGAAAAAUUGUUCUAGUAUCUGGAUGGUCUGGGUUAUAUUAUUUCUCCUUGUCUGACAAUUCAAUAAUAUAAAGAGGAAACUUCUUACCCUGCCACCAUUAUAUAAAAAGAGGCAUACCAUUGUACUUUUUCAAGGAUGAAACAGAAUUUAGAUGUAUUGCAACAGUUAAUUGAUAAACUUAUUUAUGCAGCUUUGUUGUCAGAGUAUGAAGCAAGAAUAAUUUUUUUGAGUAGAUUUUCAUACUUGUAUAUCACAAAUGAACGAAAAAAUGGUGUUCUAAAGAAAGCCAUUAUUUACUCUAUUUGGUAGAAUAUCUGAAACCCCUUCAGCAUGUAUUUCCUCCAAACGGUACCUAAUUUGCUGCAAAUGCUGCCAUAGAAGUGAAUUUAACAAGUAGCUGGUCAGGAGAAGUUGAAUUUUGAUCAGAGUUUAGGGUUACUGAAUGUAAAGAUAUUUUGUGAAGACCAUUUAGAAUGAGGUGUAUUUCAAAUGAAAUGUCUUUAGGUCAUGUUUAUUCUCUUCUCUGCUGUCCCAGAUAAUCAUGGAAGCAGUAAAUGAUUAUUGUAAUAAAUGU